GUGGUUUUACGGAGACGGACCGGGGCAUCAUGUCGACCGUCGGUGUUGAUGAAGACCUUACAGAAGAAGGUAAACGCGAUCAAGAGGUCAAACAGCAGACAUUAAAAGGUGUGGCGUUUUUAACAACAGUGGCGUCCGCAGGAAUGAUCGCGGGAUUCGGCUCCACGCUGGCCCUGACCAAGAAGAAUAACCCGAAGUGGUUCAGUAAGGGUGUGGCAGCGACGGCGGUGGCCCCUGAGGGCGGGGCAUCUCUGGCCCUCAGGGCUCUGGGUUGGGGCUCCCUGUUUGCCUGGUGUGGCGUGGGUCUGAUCAGCUUCACUGUGUGGAAAGCUCUCGGCGUUCACAGCUUGGCAGAGUUCAGGGAGAAGAUGCGGUCCUUCUUCCCGGCCAUCCCAAAGAACCCUGAGGCUGGAGCCGGAUCAGAACCUGUGGACUGGGACUCUCUAUUCAGGUCCAAGUGACUCGGAUCAGCAGGAGAGACUGAAGAAAUGUGAUCCAGAACGGAGUUUCAGGACCGGUCAGAGACAGAACCGAGUUCCUGUGCUGCUCUGAAGUCCAUGUGGAGGAACGUGAGACGGUUCUGAUGCUGGAAUUCUGCUUUGAAUCAUCAAAAACUGCAUCAGAUGUUUGAGCAGAACCAAAAACAGUUUGAGUGAAGUGUCCCUCAGAGGCCACCGUACAGAAAACUAAACUUAUUUAUAUUUGUUGGAUCGUUAAAGUUCUGAAGAUUUAUUCUCUGAUUUCCUGUAAUCAAGACAAAUAAAUGUUUUGACGUAAUGUUUUUUAAAUAAAUCCUGAGUUAACACCC